CUAUAAACAUUUCUAAAUAUUUUCUAAAUAUCUAUAAAUAUUUCUAAAUAUUUUCUGUAUUCAGAAUAAAUUAUGAUUGCACUUGGCACCACUGUUAACAAUAUUAUCGUUUUAAGACACCUUCGUCUAUUAAGGCUAUUUUGUAAAAUACCUUCGUAGAACGAAAUUACUACCGGGAAGUUUCAUAACAAUAUUUUCCUGUUUAAUUCGUGUACGGCCAGCAAAACGGUCGUUUGCGGUCAGUGUAUAGAAUACUUCUCGGUACUUCCCCCACGAUUACAAGCAAACAUUUUAUUAUUUACAUUACCCCGAAGUUCGGAUGUUUUACGUAAAGUAAGUUAUCGGAUACGCGAUAAAACGGUUUUCUGUGCAACGAGGAGGUGGUAAAAAUCGAACGCUGUUUGCUGAAAUUUAUGGACCGCUCGGGCGAAGGCGACGAAGACAGUGUCUUUUAUGUUAUUUUGGACGCAGGCUCUGCAUACGAAUGCCGCUGUUCAAUGUCAAGGAGACUCCAAACAGAAUGAAUUGUUUCCCGUGAAACGACAAGGGUGACUCGCGUGACCCGUGCAUGCGUGAUGGGCAAAGAUGGGCAAAAAUGGACGAAGGCUAUUUCACACGUGAAUUAGCAAGUAUACGUGGACGGACUCGUGACAAGCAUGAUCAACGACCUAACGUCGAUCUAAUAAUAGCAGGAAAAACAGCAAACUUAAAAAGGAUGUUUAUCGAGUCGGUUAGAGAUCCAAGGUUCCAAUGGAGAUCCGUUCCGAGAAAGUUUUCGGACCUUCGGCCUUCGGUUCUCGGACCUCCGUAUCAGCAGGAUCUGUGCAUCAAGAGAAACCACCACUGGAAGAAGAUCGAUGGCGAUGACGUAACAGCGACAAGCCCCACUACCUCGACAGAGAUCAGGCCAAGGUAUCAAAGUCCCAGCCGAAGAAAUUGUUCCAGACAGUCUGCUUCUUCCUUUCCAAAAGGUAAGACCUGCCUAUGGCGCUGCUUCAGUUCAUUGUGCCAACGCGUAUACUCGUUGCUACAGUUAUACACCGCCAUCCUUGACACUGUACAUCAUCCUUGA